CUAGCCCAGGUUGGACGACGUCUUCGUAGCAUUGCGUGUACACAACGGAGUCCAUCCUGGGCUACCUAGUACCUAGCUUACACACGGGCCAUUUUCUGAAAAGAACUACAAGUCCAGCUUCAUCAACUUUCGCUAAGUAGCAGUGUGUACACUGUACACAAAUAAAAUCCCCCCCCCCCGUUCGCGUUGCCAACAUGACAAGGCAGAAAAUACAAGGAGCUAUAAAAAUGAAAGAGCAAAACAAGUGUAGGCCAUACUUGGUAUUAACUGGCUAGGGGAAGAAUCGUCCAAAAUUGUCAAGAUGCCGAUGUUCGAGAUCAACACCAAUGCUAAGGUAGCAAAUAUUCCAUCAAACUUUGUGGUGGACACUUCUAAAACUAUCUCCGAGAUGAUUGGCAAGCCAGUGCAGCAAGUUGCAGUGCGUUUGAACGCAGGACAGCUCAUGGCAUUUGGGGGUUCCACCGACCCGUGCGCCCUUGUCAGUAUGAAGAGUAUUGGCAAGAUUUCACAGAAUGAGAACAUCAAGUAUGCCAAAGUCAUAACAGAAGUUCUGGGCAAGCUUGGCGUCAAACCCGACAGGAUGUACAUAACCUUUACGAACCUGGCCAAAGACAACGUCGGAUUUCAAGGAAACACCAUUUUUGGUCUUGAGAAAGCUGCUGGUAAAUAAAAGGUGAUAAUGGUGAUAAAAGCAAGUUAGCGACCAAUGGUAAUCAAGAAUUUGCUAGCUUGGCUGAGCAGAAAUUAAUUGACCGACCCAUAUGUUGUUUUUUUUAAUGCAACUUAGUGUCCCAUUAAUUUUAUUUUGAAUUUUCGUUUUUACAUUUUCAAAAAGGUUUUGGUGCCUUUUUGCUUUUUAUGCUAAUGCAA